GCGACUUCCGCCCCUGCUGCAAUGCUUCCCAUAGAAUUCGGCGGUGUCGUGCUGAUUAACCUCACGGGAGAGGUGGCCUUCCAGGCAGCAAAUGCUGCAGUCUCUGCUUGCCAUGCUGCUUCAGUGAAGCCUUCAGAUCCAGCUGGAGAGUCGGAGCGCUUGAAGCUGCAACUCCUCUGGAGAGGCAGGCGGAUUGCAUUGAACAGGCCUGCAGACGAGACUCUGGGAAUGCUGCUCGCGAAGCUGGCAUGCUCAUGCACACUCUCUACCGCCUCACCCCGCGAAAAAAGUGCGACUGCGAAGAAGAAAAAGCACAGGACAGUUGCAGCCAACGCUGCGGGUGAGGUAGUAGGUGACAAUGCAGCUGCCUUGGAGGUUCUGAAGACUGCCCCCCUCCUCAUCUACGUCGAGCCUGAGCAUGCGUCUGCCGCUGCAAAGGCAGCAAUCAGUGCGAAGACAGCAAAUGCUGCGGAGUCAGAAAAAAAUAAGUUCUCAGCGCCAGACUUGGAAUGCAGCCCUUUGUGGUUUAGCGCAGUGCUGAAUCCGCCUCUGGUGACGCGUGUAUCGGUGCGAUACAAACUUUUCGCGGACUGUCCAGUCCUGGCAGUCUUGGAAACGAUCGGCGCUACUCCUGAUGCCUUUGAACUUCGAUGGCAAUACGCAGACGCAACAGAGCCUGCCGGAUAUGGACCAGUCUUUAUUCCGAGGCGUGACGACGUAGGCAGAAGUCUGCAGCUCGAAGCACUCGUGCCGUCUCUCCCGCAGUUCGGUCAGAAGGCUUCUUUGGGGAAGGUUCUGGCGAUGCCUGAGGGCGAUUGGCAUCGCGAACGCAUGCAAGCCUUCCGGCAGCAACAGCAGCAAGAGGAUGAACGGCGCAAUUCACAGGAGAAGGCAGCGUUUCGAGUCGUGUCAUUCAAUUUGCUGGCAGAGGGUUAUGCACAGACACCGCAGGCGGAGAGCUCUAUGUACUGCAGUUGCCCUGCACCCCUCAGACGAUUUGUGCAUCGAGCUCCCCUCUUAGGUCGGGAGCUCUUGCAGCUGGAUGCCGACAUCUACUGUCUGCAAGAAUGGUGCGUUGGCAACACUGUCUCUUCGCCGUCUGCUUCGCGUGCUUUUGACAAAACUCGCAGAGUUCAGGAGGGCUGUGCUCUCUUCUACAGAAAGAGCCGCUUCAGUCUCUUACAGACACAGGCUCUCUCCAUCUCUCAACAACUCGCUAAACACGCAAUGUUUAAAGAGUUGCGGGCUUCGCUCAGCAGUAAAUGGCCAGACCUCUUGGAACGGCUCAUGCCCCAACUGGGCACUGUGCUGCAGUUGACAGCUCUGCGAGACAUUAAGAACGAAACUGUUCCUCCCCUUCUGAUCGCCAACACCCAUCUCUUCUUCCACCCCCGAGCAAGCCACGUGCGCAUUCUCCAAGUAUACGCAGUGUGUAGGCUGCUCUCGGAGUUGAUCACCGCACCACCCCUCCAAUCGGCUUCUUUGGUCCUCUGCGGAGAUUUUAAUUGCGACGCGGACAGCGGAGGGCAUCGGCUGCUCACAAACACCAAGAUUUCGCAUGCAGACAAAGACUGGGAGCAUGCGCCGACGUACAGCUGGGAUGAACAGAACUGUGAUGAGGAAGUGCUUGACUCCGAAACGGCUGCAGCAGCAAACUCGGAGGCCACUGCAACGGCAGACGCGACAGCAGCAGUUGAAGGACUGUCGUUGGAACUGCCUCCGUCUGUACACCUAAAGGACUGCUAUGCCGCAACGCCUCUCCCCUUUACCAAUUUUGUCUGUGGAUUCCAAGCGGCACUUGAUCACGUUUUCGUCUCCAAGGAGCUUCACGUCGUAGGGACUCUCCCUGGAGUGUCGUUUGAGUCUGUGGAUGCGCAUGGAGGCCUCCUAUGCGAAUUUUACCCUUCAGAUCACCUCUCCAUUGCAGCGGAUCUCCAGUAUAAACAGUAA